AUGGUUUAUAACCGGACUAGCUUGAGAUGGGCGCUGGCGGCUGCUGCUACUGUGCUCGCCGCGCCUGCGGCUGAUGACUUCAGCUCCCUUGAUGCGCGAGCCUGUACCACUCCAUCAAAUUCACUGAAGAAUCCUAGUUUUGAGUCGAAUGGGUUAAGUUCUUGGGUCUUCAAGCCCACGUACCCGAAGCUCGGCAGCGCGGCGGUUGUAAGCCCUGGCUACAAGAGCGACCAUGCUGUCCAGGUCUGGGCUACCUCCGGUGCAAAUGAUCCCACGAGCUACAACAAGCUGCAACAGACAUUCAAGAUCUGCAAGGCUUCGCGCUUCCAGCUGUCGUGGUCCAUGGCCCUCAAGGACGGAGCCACGUACACAGCGCCUCGUACUCCUGGAAUGUAUGUCGAGGUCAAGGCGCCAGAUGGGCUAUGGUACCAACUAGGCUCUUUCAGCUUCGGAUCCAAGACGUACAACAGCACCAUCUUUUCCCCGAACAUGAAGGGCACCCACAAGGUCAACGAAUGGGCGAAUUAUGUUGCGGACUUUCCGAAUUCGCAGACGGGCACAUGGACUGUGUCCAUGGAGUGGUAUGCCAUGACUCCUGUUACUGCCGGUAAGACUACGACACUGAAGCUGAAGCUUGACAACUUUGCUGUGAAGCCUAAGCCGACAUGA